CAACCUUAUCAAACAAUCCAACAGCUAUGCCUACGUCUCUCCGACUCAUUCUUUCGGUUACAGCUGGGACACCCCUAACUCCAAGUACUACCAUGGCUGUUUCGGUCAGAAGUUACCUAAACUACGUGACACAUCUGGCAUAGGCAAGUUUGAACGUCGGUUUGCGACUACAGCAUCAAGCGUUUGUAGUAUGAACUUUCUUCUAAUUGCGAAACAUCGUAUGAGAGUAUAUUUAGAAGAACGAAGAAAUAGUGAUACGUAUUACCAAUGAUUGUAAAAAUAGCAACGAGCGAUGUGGUGUAACAAACGUAGCAGUAAUAUUAACGAUGAAGAUAAUAGUAUGAGGUUAAAAAUAUUUUGACACGUUAGACUGCGGAUAACAAAGGUAUAAAAAUGUAGAGAUUGCGUAUGAUAUGCAAGAAUACGUAAAACAGUGGAUUCGUGUGAAAUCGAAACGUCGGUAUGGAAUAUUCCAAUGAAAAUUUGCGAUUCAUUUUAAUUAAAAAAAAAAUACUCAAAAUAUAAGUCGAAUAAGACCGCGCGCCAUAACGACGUAAAAUUAAACAAAGUUCCGCCGCGUAAGAACAAUGCUGGCGUUCGGCCGGUGUGUCCUCGUAAAAGUAGCAUUACCUCGUAAAACAAAUUACUUUCCGGGAAAACCUAUAUACACGUGCGAUUGUUCGGUCGUUUUUCACCGCUUCGACGUGGCAGCGACUAUCGCAAUUUGUCAUUGCGCAAUGCGAUUUUCCUCGCUUUCGACAAUCGAACGACGCGACGUGUGCGCCAACCUGCUACGAGACAAUGUCGAACAUGCUCGAAUUAUCCGAUCGUUAGGUACUCGAGCGUGGCGAGCCAUUAAAAUUUGCAUUAGAAUUUUGAAGUUAUCGAUCAAUUCACAGAAGCAGCGAGGACCCAAGAAGAAUCUAUCGCGUCCAUAUAAACGCAGUCCCUCGAACGCAUACUUUUUCCAAGCGAUCGUUAAACAAGUGUGAAAUGCUUUUGCCUUGAAUGGCUGACAAUCUCCGCGGAAUUUCAAUCAUUCGCGCGUUCAAUUUAUCUCUGUCUCUCCUGUCCCUCUUUCUCCUGCUCCCUCUUCUUCUUUGUCCUCUUCUUCUUCUUCUUCUCCUCCUUCUUCAUGAUUCGUAUCUACUUCGAUCGAAGAAACCAAAGAGUUCUCACGAGAUUAAUGCUGGCGUAACGAUGCUCCGAUGCAUUCGGCCCAACGAAUCCCCCCGUUUCGUAACUUCGAACGAUUGCUUCAAAACUCGUUCGGAAUAUCGAGCAUCGGGGCAAGUAGCGAGUUUGUUGCUGAGCUAGAUUGCGAGAAACGUUAUGGCAGAGCCAGAAUUCAUGUUCCUGAAAGUACAGGUACAGUUACUUAAUCGAUAAACACUUGGCCAACAUGAUUUACGACACGAAGAAACAAUAACAACAAUCUCGUUCGUUUAAUUAAAUCAGUUAACAUACUCAUUAAUCGUAGCCGUUGUCUAUCGUUUCUUAUUUUAAAUUGCGAUUGUUUAGACUGGAAUCGCUUUAAACUGAAAUUUUCCAACGAUAGGAACACACGGAUCGGAUUGCAGCUACAUCAAAGAACAUAGUACGAUGUAAAAAAUACCGCCACGGGAGAAGCUAUCGAACAAAAUUGUCUUCUAACUAUUCAUCAAACUAAUCAUCGACUUAUUUGCAAUCGUCGUCGGUAAUAGCUUCCACUAUAGUAUUAGACCGUGAGCAAUUAAGUGCACGCUCAAGUACGCUAAAAUGUCACCUAUCGCCGCAAUUAUUGUCUUCGAUCGGUUUCGCCAUAGAGCCCAUUUAUUUCGACCGUUAAUUAUCAGUAUUUCUCGAACGAAAUUUCUGUCGUUUUCUCGUUAACUGUUACGAACAACAUUCCUAUAUCUACGCGUUAUAUUUAUCAGAUAAAUUUCCUACGUGUGAAACGAUUUAUAACGAUAACGAUAGACUCGAUCUCCAGGCGUCAAGGAAGAAUGCAAUUAAAACGGGUUAACGAGUUCCGCAUGGUACGUAGCUCGUGUUACCGAUCGUUAAAACAUUUUCGCGUGAUAUGACAUAGUUGCGGGUGUGGGCGGCUCUCUUUUUCUUCGUUUCACGAGCACGAAACGAGCUCUCAUGAACUCGCCGCCAAUGACCUAUUCCGCGGUGCCUCCGACGAGAGGGAAAAUCUUCUUCGAGAGAAGGGAUUCGCCAUUCUCUCCUUUCGUAGUACACCUAGACACACUUAUGACCCGGAUAGUGAAUAUGGCAGUCGGGUAACAUCCACGCUCUCAUCCCGAGCGAACAUCUUCAUUUGACCGUCAUCUGUCGCGCGUUGUUCUCGAUCCUUCUUGCAAAAGUCCAGCUGCAGUUUCUUGCUUACAGUUUCUACGAUCAACUCGAGUAUCGAUCGACGAUACAUCGAUCGUUCUGAUUAAUUACCGUGGCCAAGGAAGACUGAGAGUCAGUGGGUCACCUUGAAGAUCGCUCUUCGUACUUCCGAGGAAUCUUGCAGGCAUGGCGAACGUGAUGCCGUGGCUGCUGUCCAUGUGCCUGCUCGGUCUCCAGGAGAUCGCGGUCCAGCCUGCAAGCAACGCGCUUUCACGCGAUCUUGGAACCAUUAGCCAAAGAAGCGUGCCUUCGGGCUUUCGCUCGUCUUUGAGGAACUACAAAACCCUGAUAUCGAGCCACGAUGAGCUUCCUGGUCACAUAAACUGUGACUCGCCAAAACUCGAAGAGAAUUCGCUGGAGAAAUUGCCCACGACUCCAGAAUACAACAAUCAUCUUUAUGGUUCGACGCCGGACUCGAGGGAAUAUUUCUCGAAAUCUUUCGAGAAAAGGCUUCGCUCCAGACUACCAGAAAGAAAUCUACUUAGGACGGAUCCACAUUCGGUGAAUCAACUGGAAUCUCAUGGAUUUAAUUACGAUUCCGGACGAGGGCAAAUCGAAGACGAUUAUGUUGGACCUGCUAUGGAAUUGGUUUACGCGUGGUCCACGAUCGACUAUACUUACGACAGCGUCGAGGCUCGUGAUUCGGCUAUUUACGACGGAGAUUUCAUCGCGGAGAACAACUUACCGCUAGGACUGGAAAUUUGGAGAGACAAGGUUUUCAUUACUCUUCCAAAGUGGAAAGACGGUAUUCCGGUUACGUUGGCUACCGUGCCCAAAUCUUCCAAGACGAAAAGUCCCAAAUUGAGACCUUAUCCAGACUGGGGAUGGCAUCGACCAGGUAACUGCGAUGGACUGACUUCCGUCUUUAGAGUGCAAGUGGAUGAAUGCGACCGUUUGUGGGUCCUAGACUCGGGCAAAAUAGACAUCGCGAAAGGAGGCAAAUCAGCCUGUCCUCCGGCCAUCUUUAUCUUCGAUCUAACGACAGAUACCCUUCUCAGAAAAUACAUUAUACCGAGUGACCAAGUAAAGGAAGAUUCGUUGUACUCGAACAUCGUGGUGGACAUCAGAAACGAGAAUUGUGAUUUGGCGGUAGCUUACGCUUCGGACGUGUUCCGCUAUGGAUUAUUGGUCUACGACUUCUUCAAGGACUCCUCUUUCAGAAUCCAGCAUCACUUCUUCUAUCCUGAUCCUUUAGCUGCCAAAUACGAACUCCAUGGUAUAAAAUUCCAAUGGACGGAUGGAAUUUUCGGGAUAGCGCUGAGUCCAGUGGAUAUUCACGACGAUAGAACCUUGUUCUUCCAUCCUAUGUCCAGCUUUCGGGAAUUCGCCGUUUCGACGUCUAUUCUCUCUGAUAAAAAGACAGCCGAAGAGAAUACGGAACUUUUUAUGCCGAUUGGUAGACCUAGAGCCAAAGACUACGGUCAUUCUUCCGGUUCCGUGAUCGAUAGAAACGGAGUAAUGUUUUUCAAUAUGGUGACCAGAGACUCUGUUUGGUGUUGGGACACCAGGAAGGAAUAUAUUCCACAGAAUCUUGGAGUUAUAGGGACUAGUAAUUUGUCCUUGGUCUUCCCCAAUGACAUCAAGGUUGAUCAUGAAUACGAUCAAAAUAUUUGGCUCAUUUCUAAUAAGUUAGCCAUGUACCUUUAUGGGAGUAUCGAUAGUAGCAAGAUUAACUAUAGGGUGUUCAAGGCUAAUGUUAAGCAGGCUGUCAAAGACACUGUCUGCGAUCCUAAUUACGUCGUGCCUGGCUCUGAGCACGGUUACGACGAGAUUUGUUGAAGAUACUUCGCGUUUUGUUAAGAGAUUUGAGGUAUACGCGGUGGGCAAGAAUUUGUUAAAAAAUUGGAAUAUUUGUGAAUGAAAAUAUAUGUUGGAGAUAAGGGAACUGGGGCAGUCGUUCCUGUUAUCACAGGAAUGUGAAUAGACGUUACGCCGCGACACGUUGAGAGUAGAGAAAACAACUACCUCGAAUUCGUCUUCACUGGAGAUAAACGGAGAAGCUUUGUAUUUUUUAAUAUUUUAAGCGUGAUAAAAUCUCUGAGCAAACACAUUGGGUGAUCACUUUGAUCACAAUGUUUUAAUUCCAUUCGUAUAUGGUAUUGAAGAUGAGGUAACGAAUAAAUGUACACACCGAGAGAUCGUGCGACCAGGAGAAAGCGUAUCGUUAAAUAAAUGUAGCAUUAAAAUAUUCUUAUGAGAAGAAAGAUUUUCCCAUGUUUCCUCGUUAGAUGAAAUGUAAACCAUAGAUACUCAUUAUCACUUUUGAUAUAAAUCAAGCAAGUUACGGGGAAAGGCAGUAUUUAGAGUGAUGAAAAUUUUCUCACACACACUGCCAGUUUUUAUUCAUUGUACGUAUGCCAUGUCUGCGUGUUUAGAAUAUAGUUAAACAAUAAAAGUAACUUUGCUAAUUAA